GCUUGUAAUCUGCAAAAUGAUCAUUAAAAAAAGAUAUAGUAGUGGCAACUAGCAACUGAAACAUGAGGUUGGAAACAAACUGUCACUGACCUCACCCACAAACACAAUGCAAGUUCUUCAAGCUCCAUCUUCUCCUCACCUUUCUAUCCAAACCUCAAAACCUCCACACCUAACAUGGGGUUUGCUUCCUUCUGUGAGUGUAAAUUCUUCACCUUUUUCCACCCUUCAUUUUUCUCUUCACUCCCAAAAGGACCAGCGGUUGCUUUGGAGCCCCCAUAAAAGGUUCACCUCCAGAGCUGCUUCUGUUGAAGAUGCAGUUGGUGAUUCUUCAGUAUCAACUGGAACGGCUGAGGGUGAUGUGUUGAAAGCCUUGUCUCAGAUCAUUGAUCCAGACUUUGGAACGGAUAUUGUUACAUGUGGAUUUGUGAAAGAUCUGCAGAUUGAUGAAGCAUCUGGAGAGGUAUCGUUUCGGUUGGAGCUCACUACACCAGCAUGUCCAAUCAAGGACAUGUUUGAGCAGAAGGCAAAUGAAGUGGUGGCAAUGCUCCCUUGGGUCAAGAAUGUUAAAGUUACUAUGUCUGCACAACCAGCAAGACCUAUAUACGCUGAGCAACUUCCAGCAGGUCUACAGACAAUUUCAAAUAUUGUGGCUGUGUCCAGUUGCAAGGGGGGCGUGGGAAAAUCAACUGUAGCUGUAAACCUUGCUUACACAUUGGCUGAUAUGGGUGCUAGAGUUGGUAUAUUUGAUGCUGAUGUUUAUGGUCCAAGCUUGCCAACCAUGGUCUCUCCUGAAAACCGAUUGUUACUAAUGAAUCCAGAGAAGAAGACCAUAAUUCCAACUGAAUACUCGGGAGUGAAGCUGGUCUCUUUUGGAUUUGCUGGACAAGGACGUGCAAUAAUGCGUGGCCCCAUGGUUUCGGGAGUCAUUAAUCAACUUCUUACUACUACAGAGUGGGGUGAGCUGGAUUACCUUAUUAUAGACAUGCCUCCUGGAACUGGAGAUAUUCAACUCACGUUAUGCCAGAUAGUUCCAUUAACUGCCGCUGUAAUUGUUACCACUCCUCAAAAGCUGUCAUUCAUUGAUGUUGCAAAAGGAGUUCGGAUGUUUUCAAAGCUUAAGGUGCCUUGUGUUGCUGUUGUGGAGAACAUGUGUCAUUUUGAUGCUGAUGGAAAACGAUAUUACCCAUUUGGCAGAGGUUCAGGUUCUCAGGUUGUUCAGCAGUUUGGAAUACCUCAUCUAUUUGAUCUUCCUAUUAGACCAACUCUCUCUGCCUCUGGAGACAGUGGAGUGCCAGAAGUGGUGGCUGAUCCUCAAAGUGAAGUUUCCAAGAUAUUCCAAAAUCUAGGAGUCUGUGUUGUUCAACAGUGUGCAAAAAUACGCCAACAAGUUUCGACUGCUGUCACCUAUGAUAAAUCAAUCAAGGCAAUCAAAGUGAAGGUACCAGAUUCAAAAGAAGAAUUCUUUCUGCAUCCUGCAACAGUGAGACGAAAUGAUCGCUCUGCUCAAAGUGUGGAUGAAUGGACGGGAGAGCAGAAACUGCAGUACAAUGAUGUUCCUGAAGAUAUUGAACCUGAAGAAAUUCGGCCAAUGGGAAAUUAUGCAGUUUCAAUAACUUGGCCUGAUGGGUUUAGUCAGAUUGCUCCUUAUGAUCAAUUACAGAUGAUGGAGCGGCUGGUUGAUGAUGUUUUUGAACCAAGUGUACAAGCAUGAUGAAGAAAAACAUCAUCUGAGUUGCAUUGAUGGUGUUGGAAAUGGAAAAAAAAUCAUUAUACAUAUAUGAUAGCCUCAAUUCAAUAGUCCUUCAACAAAUAGGGAUAUUAACAGAGUUUGAUAGAGCAUUCUGUGAGAUAUAGGUUGGCAUUGAAAUUCACAGCACUCCUCAAGAAUAAAGCAUAUUUUUUUCAACUGUGUAUGCCAUUUUCAUCUGCUAGCAUUGUACCAUAAACCUUUUAAGGAUGUAUUGUUUUGCAGAUAUCAAGAUAUAUUAUGCUAAAA